GCAUUUGGUUCAACGAACCAAAUUUUCCAAUCAUCGAAACGAAUGAAUUUUCUCCACGAAAAAAAAAAUAUGAAUUGUCUCGAUAUGAUUAUAUUAUUUGUUGAAUGAAAAGUGUGUAUGUUUAUUUUAAGAAAUAAUUGUGCGCGCUUAUCUACACGAGUCCGUUGAACCAAAUUCAACCGAAUGAAUAACAGUUGUAUCUCUAUGGAUUUUCCACACGUUGAUGUUUGAAUGUAGAAACGGUGUAGUUUGGUAGUGGUUUCCUUGCCAACGUAUUGUCCGCAAAUAAACGCCUAAACAAACUGUCGGUAGCUAGUUGUGGUUUCAGUUGCAAAUUAUCAAUAUUGUUUGAAGCACAAGUUUCAAUGCCGUGGAAUGGACAAUUAACAAACUGCUGGAACUUUGGUCAAUCAAUAUUAAGGCAAGGUGUGAUACACUGUGUGAAGAAUUGGGAUUUUUCUUUAAAUAAAAAAAAAGUUUGAUUCAAAUAGAAGUGUUUUGAGUUUUUUAUUUUGAAUUGAGAUACAAUGCGAGAUAUGUCAUUGUUGGAACAGAAAAAGUUACAAUGGGCCAAAGAAAAAGAAGAAUUAUCGAAAUUAAAUGAUUUCUUUUCCGCCACCACCACAACAAGACAAUUCGAACGAACAUCUAUCAGGACAUAUUAUUCAAAUGUUGAUAUAAACUCAUCAAAUAAUUCCGGUAUGAAGUCGAGCACAAUGCCACGCCGAGCGACCUAUUAUCAAGAACCCUAUGACAUUCCGCAUAACUACCAGAAAAGUAAUAUUGGCGAUCCACGAUAUAAUAGCUGUCGAGCAUUUACCACCGAUUUGUAUUGCGAUAACGAUACACAAUAUCAAAAUGCGGAAAAUCUGGACAUUAACCAUGGUCGAGCUCCAAUUCUUCCGCCGAUUGGACGAACCAACAGACAAAAACAAAUGGCCACACAAACACGACAUAAUCAUUUUUUGCACCAAAAUACGGAUGAAGAGACCUCAGGUUAUUUAAGUGAUCGAAUGAGUCCAUUGUUGUGGGCGAAUCAAAAUCAACAUCAACAGCAACAAUCACAGCAUCAACCGCACUUACCGAAAGAUUUCUCCAAUUACAUAUAUCCAUCGUCGGGCGAUGAACUAGCACCGGAAAUGGAUGCCAUGAAAAUUGAAGAGCGUCGUCGAGUUCCAAAGCACAAACCGCUUCCACGUCAAAUGAAUGACAACGGUCACGAGACCGACUUCAGUAUACCCAAAACUCCAUCCUCAAUGUGCUCAGAUAAUCGAAACUAUUCUCGACUAUCAUCUUGUCCACCGUCACGGAAAGAGAAAGAAGAACGUGCAAAAUGGGGCGAUCGAAAUAGUCAUUUGUAUGACACUGUAUCGAAAGAGAGUAGCAUUAAAUCCGACGGACCAUGUUGGUUAGAACGGGGUUUUGUCGACAGUGGAGAUGAAUCCGUUAGGUCUUAUUCUUUCAUUCGUGGUCAAAAUGCUCCAAUUGAUCCGAAUGUAUUGGCCGAAAGAACUACAAGACGAAUUAAAGCGAUUGAAUUACAAAACGCUAUAAAAGCUCAAGUGGAAGAACGCGAGCGUUUGCGAAAAAUCGAAUUGGAGAAAACGUUGAUGGAGGAACGUCGCCAGGAAGAGAAAUUGCGACAACAAAUGGAAUCGAAUGAGCAGCGAUAUGAAGAGGAACAGCGUAAAACGCGUGAAAAACUGGAGCGUGAACAGCGAAAACAAGAAAUUAUGCGAUUGGCGAUUGAAAAGGCACGCCAAGAAGCCGAAAUCGAAAGGGCAAAGAAGAAACGUUCAAUUUGUUCGACAAUUGAAUUCGAAUCGGCGGAACUAAGUGAUGAAGUACACGAUGAUCAAGAUACAUCGAGAACAAAAGUUUCACAAUCACCAUCACCGGAUGUUGAAAAAAUGGUGGCAGAAAACGAGACUCAUAAUUCGGAGGAUGGCGAAAAAAUAUUAAUAGGGACUCCCAUUAGGAUGAGAAAGAAAACUCUUAAUAAACCGUCAAAAAUUCAAUCACCGGCAACGAAGGAAGUAUCGAUUCAGAAAGAGGCAUCCACUGCACCCGAAACUAAUGUCGAUGCUAUCGCAUUGGUGUUACAAACUCUUCCACCGAUAAUGCCACUUUUAAGCAAUGACAUCAUCAGUCUCAAUCAAAACAUAAGCACUUUGAAUACAAGCAAUAUUCAAUUGGCUGUUAUGCUGGCACAACAAAUGCAACAGCUAAACACAAUUGCACAAAAUAAAACUCAAAGCCAAGGUCAAAAGUCAGAGCUCAACAGAACCAGUGACGAAGCAGUUGAAGAAAAGCAUACGACAGCUCGAAAUGAAAAUGGUACAUCGCCUACGAAUGAUGGAUGCAAACAAUGCACAGGAUUCAAUCGAAAAAUGUCCUUGAAUGAACAAGAGAAGGUCAGCACGGAAGAUCAAACGCAAACAAAAGAUGCUGCAACAGUAACCGACUUUGACGUAAUCAUCUCAGGAGAAUCGACUGGUAAUUCGGUGGAAAAAUCAAAAAUCGAAGUGUCUCAAGUCAUCGAUGCUUCGACUCAAACUGAUAAAAAAAUGGAAUAUUGCUUUCAAUGCCGCUACCAUCAUUGUCAUCAUCACCAUGUAAUUGUAAAGGAUCUAUCCUCUCAUGGCGAAGAGCUUAAAACAGUGGCAGUGAAUCACAUCAACUCAAAGCAAAAAUACAAUGACAAAGAGUGUGCGAGUGUAUUAGUUGGUGCGCGAAAUAUGUGCAACGAAUCAAAGGAACCAAUAAAAAUUGAAGAUCGUCCAAAAUGGGGUGUAAAUCGUCCGUUGCAACAGUAUGUUAAAGCAUCGGAACGUGAUCCGUUCUAUUUGCGAAAUAAACGAAAAAAACAUCAAAAAAGCCGUCAUUUCAACGAAGAACAGAGCCGAAGUUGUGACGACGAUGGAUUUAAAGAGACGGACUCAACACCCGGCAGUCGUUCGGCGAGCCCAAGUCCAUCGAUAAUUACAAAUAGUACAGUCACAUUGAGUUCGCCACAGCUGAAGAAUCGCAAACGAAGCAUUUGCACCGAAAUUCUUCCGAUUAAAACAGACAACUUUGGGAGAGUUUAUUUGAACUUUAAUGGAGCCAGUUUGCAAGUUACCGAAGACGAACAAAGACCAACAUCAAAACGUGCACAAAAAACACGGAUCAUUAAUCGCAGCCAAACGGCCAACGAAAUUCGAACUUUGGAGAACAUUACCAUCGACAAACAAAAACUCGAUGAAGCACUCAUUGACUAACGAUUUUCUUCUGUUUUCUUUUGGAAGAACUUUGCAUUUUUUGACACCAUUUUAUGAAACGAAAUUGAAAUAUUUGUACCGUUCACAUUUCUAUAUAGCACAUUUCUAUAUAUAUGUGGUUUUUUUGACAAUU